AAAAAAAAAAAAAAAUGGGAAACCAACAGUCUCUGUUCGAUAAUUUAAUACAUGGAAAUAAUCGUAAUGAUUAUAAACAUUCUCAUCAAUAUCGUAAAGUUCAUAAUCGUUCACAUUCUCAUACAAGUAGUUCAUCAUCAAAUUUUCAGUCAGCUUUUCAUUUUUCUUCAAAUUCUCGUCAACAUAAUCCAAAAGAUUGUUGUGCUUUAUGGAAAACGAUUAAAUCUAUACUGGGAAUUUGGACUACAGGAAAUGAUGAAAUUGAUGAAAUUAUAAAAGAAACUCAACGUACCGCUUCAAAACAUCGUAAACCUUGGAAAUGGAUUCCUUUUGAUAAAUUUGAAGAUGUUAAAUUUUUAGCAAAAGGUGGUUAUGGUAGUGUAUUUUCUGCUUGGUGUACUGAUAGGGACGUUUUUGGUAGAGUUGCCUUAAAAAGUUUUGAAUAUUCCGAAAAUUUUUCAAAAGAAUAUCUUCAACGGUUACGAGCUUUAGCAAAAUUUGAACAUGAAAAUCCAAGAAGUAUUAUACGGAUAUACGGAAUGACAAAAAAUCCUGAAACAAAUAAUUACAUAUUAAUCAUGAAAUAUGUUAAAUGUAAUCUUCGUGAAUAUAUAAACAAACAUUUUAAUACCUUAUCACUUUCAAAUAAGAUUGAAUUAUUGGUACCAAUUUCAAAUGGACUUAAAAAAAUUCAUCAAGCUGAUAUGGUACAUGGAAAUUUACAUCCUGGAAAUAUUUUACAAACAACUAUAAAUAAUCCAACGGAAAAAAAUUAUAUUACAACAAAUAAUUCAACAAAAAUUUAUCCUAUGCCACAAACUUGGAGUUCUUUAAGUGAUUUAGGUUUAUGUGGUCCCGCAUCAAAUGAUCCAAGAAAAAUUUUAUCUGAAAAGGAUGAUUUUGUUGAUGAACCUGAUACUAUUGAUGAUGAUGAUUUUUUUAAAGAAUUUUAUUUACAAGAAAAACAAGAUUUUUUUACUUCUUAUAUUACUUCUUCAAGAAGAGGUUCAACUUAUGAAAAACCAAAAUUAUAUGGUGUAUUACCUUAUGUAGCUCCAGAAGUUUUAAGAGGUCAAAAAUAUACUCGAGCAGCUGAUGUUUACGCUUUUGGUUUUAUCAUAUAUGAAGUAUUUACUGGUUAUCCUCCAUAUCAUGACGUACCUCAUGAUUUAAAAUUGGCAAAAAAAAUAUGUUCGGGUCAUAGACCACCAAUAACAUCAUCAGAUAUUCCUCCUAGAAUUAUGAAAUUAAUAUCAAGUUGUUGGGAUUCAAGACCAGAAGAAAGACCUUCCGCUCUUGAAUUACAUAAUAUGAUAAGAGGAUGGUAUUGGAGAUUGGAUCCUGAAAUGAAACAUUUAAUGAGAGUAGAUGAUGAAGCUUCUAGAGGUUCACGUAGUGGUACUCCAAUUUCUCCGAUCAAAGAUAAUAUGAGUAGUGGAUUUUCUUCUCCAACAACUCCUGGAACUCCAAAUACUCCAAAUUCUAUUUUUACUUUUUCAACUCCAUUUACAACAUCAUUAAGUAGUAGUUUAUCACAUUCUUAUUCAGUAGCAAAUAUACCAUUAACAAAUUCUACUACGUCAUCAAAUACGAGUUCAUAUGGAAUAAUUGGUUACGAUAUACAUCCCGAAGCCAUAUACACUUCUCGUUUAUUAGAAUUUGAUAAUCUACCGCAAACCACCUCUUAUUAAAUGUAAAUUAGGUUGUUAUAGAUUUUUUUUUUUUUUAGAUUUGAUGUACUGUAAGUUGUAAUUAUAAUGUAACGUAGACGUAGAUUUUUUUGGGGGUUAAGAAGGAUUUUCAACUAGAUUAAGUAGAUUGUAAGAAUAUUUUUGGAAAGUU